GUCGCUGCACCUCCCCCGAGCUCCCCCUCGCCGCUCUACCGCCCGUCCCGCGAGGACUGGCUGCCCGGCCGCGACACUGCCCGCCAUGGGGCUGUCCAACUUUGCUUCGAAGCUCUUCGCGACCUGCUGCGGCGGCCGCUCGAAAGACAGCAUCUAUGAUCCAGUGUUGGCGGACAGCGAGCGGGAAGCUGUGGCCGACCUGCUGGGCUUCUUGGAAAACCGAGCCGAAACCGAUUUUUUCUCAGGAGCACCUCUCAACGCAUUGAGUACGCUUGUAUAUUCAGACAACAUAGACUUGCAACGGUCGGCGAGCUUGACCUUUGCCGAAAUCACAGAAAGAGAUGUCAGGGAAGUCGACCGCGAAACCCUCGAGCCCAUCCUGUUCUUGCUCCAGAACCCAGAUAUUGAGGUACAGCGUGCUGCAAGCGCUGCACUGGGUAACCUGGCCGUCAAUACGGAGAACAAGGUCGCCAUCGUGGCGUUGGGAGGACUGGCACCUUUGAUCAAGCAGAUGAACUCGCCCAACGUCGAGGUGCAAUGCAACGCCGUCGGAUGCAUCACAAAUCUAGCCACGCACGAGGACAACAAGUCCAAGAUUGCACGAUCUGGUGCCCUGCAACCGUUGACUAGGCUCGCGAAGUCGAAGGAUAUGCGCGUGCAACGUAACGCAACUGGCGCAUUGCUCAACAUGACGCAUUCAGACGACAACAGACAGCAGCUCGUUAACGCUGGCGCCAUCCCGGUUCUUGUUCAGCUCCUCAACUCCACAGAUGUCGACGUUCAAUACUACUGCACGACAGCGCUCAGCAACAUCGCCGUCGAUGGCAGCAACCGCGCCAAACUAGCCCAGACCGAGGGACGCCUUGUCCAAUCCCUAGUCCAUCUCAUGGAAUCGUCGUCCCCGAAAGUUCAGUGCCAGGCAGCGUUGGCACUGCGAAACCUCGCCUCCGACGAACGCUACCAGCUCGAUAUCGUGCGCGCUCGAGGCCUGCCAUCUCUUUUGCGGCUCUUGCAAUCGUCCUAUCUUCCUCUUAUUCUCUCCGCAGUUGCAUGCAUACGAAACAUCUCCAUCCAUCCCGCGAAUGAAUCUCCCAUUAUCGAUGCUGGCUUCCUUCGACCCCUCGUAGACUUGCUUGGCUCAACGGACAAUGAUGAGAUUCAGUGCCACGCCAUCUCCACCCUUCGCAACCUUGCUGCUAGCUCGGACAAGAACAAACAGCUGGUUCUAGAGGCCGGCGCGGUGCAGAAAUGCAAGCAGUUGGUGCUCAACGUUCGUCUCACGGUCCAGUCAGAAAUGACGGCAGCCAUUGCGGUGCUUGCCUUGAGCGAAGACUUGAAGCCGCAUCUUUUGAGCCUCGGCGUUUUUGAUGUACUGAUCCCCCUUACGGAAUCCGAUAGUAUCGAGGUUCAGGGCAAUAGUGCUGCGGCAUUGGGAAACCUAUCGUCCAAAGUGGGCGAUUACACCAUUUUCAUUCAGAACUGGACGCAGCCCGAAGGCGGGAUCCACGGUUAUCUUCGCCGCUUCCUCGCAAGCGGCGACCCGACGUUCCAACACAUCGCUAUCUGGACUCUGCUCCAGCUGCUUGAAUCAGAAGACGACCGGUUACUCGAACUCAUAUCCAAGUCAAACGAGAUUGUGCGCAUGGUCACAGACAUUUCCGAGCGCAGCAUCGAAUCAGACGAGGAGGACAACGAAGACGGCGAGGGUGAGGUCGUUGGCCUUGCUCGCCGCUGUCUCGAAAUCCUGGACAAGACGCCGAAAACCCUCAUGGAGGGCUAAACUUCUGAAACGCUCCAUUAUACCCAUAUUUCUGACUCUCAUUUGACGUUCAACUCAUACGGUUUUU